AUGUCUGCCUCUGAGUCUAUCUUCGCAUUGGCGAAGUACUUCGUCUAUCUUCUCAUCCCAUAUCUCCUCCUUCUUUCGGCCUACCGCAUCUUUUUACACCCGCUGAGGCGAUAUCCAGGACCAUGGCUUGCGAAGGUGACUGACGCAUAUGGGCCUGUCUACCGGCAGGGUCCGAACAGGCUCGUGUUCAACACUGCUACCGCCCUCAGAGAUAUCUACAACAACGAGCGAGUUGGCAAAUCGUUCGUCUAUACUCUGCUCGUAGGGGCGAAGACCUCCCCGAAUGUUUUCAACUGCCUCAACAAGAGCCUUCACCGCACCAAGCGGAAGGUCAUCGGUCAGGCCGUGACUGAACGAGCGACGCGUCUCUUCGAGCCCACCUUGCAACAGCAGGUUGACAUCUUCAUCGAGCAGCUUCGAUCUAGCAAAGAGCCCAUGGAUAUCACUCCUCGGCUCAGGUGGGUUGGGCUUGACACGAUAGGUCUCCUGGCCUUUGGGUUCGAAUUCAAUGUUCAGCGUGACCCAAAGCACCGGUUUGUGUUGGAUGGAAUAUUCGCAGGCAACUUCAAGAGCAACUGCCUCUUCCAGUUCCCCUUGCUCUACGACCUGGGCCUCGAAAAUUUGCUCGCCAGCAUCAGUGGCCGCAGCCGGAAGCGUUUCUUUGCCCUCCUGGAGCAAAUGACAUCAAGUCGCCUGGGUCAGGGAAAGCACGCUCGCAACGAUCUCGUUUCCUUCGUGGCCGAAGGGGCCCAAGGCGCAGCCAUGAAUGAUGCCAAAUUGCGUGAGCUGCUCUUCUCCGAGGGCAUCUUCUUCCUUGCCGCAGGCGGCGAUACCACUGCUGCUGCCACAGCCGCUUUAUUCUUCUACAUCACCAGAAAAAUCAAUUCUGAGACGUAUAAGAAGCUUGCGAAUGAGAUACGGACAACAUUCUCCAGUGCUGCCGAGAUUCACAGCGGCCCGAAACUUUCUGGCUGUCACUAUCUGCGUGCUUGUAUUGAUGAGGCGAUGCGCAUGGCACCACCAGUCCCCGGUAUUCCCUGGCGCCAGCUCGCUGAGGAUGACCCACAGAAAGGGCAACCAUUGAUUAUAGACGGGCAUCUCAUCCCACCUGGCACGCAGGUAGGCGUCAGCAUGUACGCACUUCACCACAACGAGAAGUACUUCCCCGAACCCUACAGAUUCCAGCCCGAGCGCUGGCUUUCCGAGAACGAAGCGCAAGUCGCGACGAUGCGCUCCGCCUUCGCCCCAUUCUCCAUCGGCUCACGCUCGUGCGCCGGCAAGGCGAUGGCGUACCUCGAGGCGAGCUUGGUCAUCUCCAAGACGAUCUGGCACUUUGACUUCGAGGCUGCGCCUGGGGAGCUGGGUCGCGUGGGCGGGGGCACGACCGGCAGGGUUGACGGAAGGGGAAGGCCGGAUGAGUACCAGCUCUUGGAUUUAGACGCGGCACCCGUGAUUACCAGCAGUGACGCCGCUCGAAGAGCUAUUUCUGACGUCCAGCACCGACACGUCGAUCUCCAGACUUCCGCCGGCGCUGUAGCACAGCAGCACGGCCUCGCCGUCCGUGGGUUCCGGAUGCGGGACCUGUCUCAGCCUCUGGAUCACCACCCACGUGGCCCGGCAGCCUAG